GCAGCUUAUCGUUGUAAUUAUUGUUGUCGACAUUGCCACGAUGCAUGCCAUUCCUUGAAUCACUAAUCUAGUAGCGAGACUAAUCGCAUCUUCUUUUCUUAUAACUUUAACACUUUUCAUUCGGUGCCCUCGCCCGCGGCAGCGGCAGAGGAGGCGAUAUGUUAGCUCGGCAAGCUGUUCUGCGACAAGCAGCUCUCCCCACGACGAGGUUCCAAACCCAACGAACAGUCGCCAGCCAGAUCCGACCUCUUAACAGGCGUAUAUCUUUCUUGCCGUGGCGUCAAAGGCAAUCGGAACCUAUACCAGUCUACUUCUCCAAACCCGAUCCUUCAACGAACGCCAACAGGGUGAACCCAGUCUACCACGGAAGCGCAAACCAGGUGGGGGGCGAGGAAGUCAAGAGAGCACUGAGAAGGGCAAAAUGGACCAUCUUCCGAUAUCGACUACGCCGUGCGAUCUUCACAACUAUUGUGCUCUACGCUUGUUGGCAAAUCUUCAUCGCCGUUGUAUUCGAUCCCAUAUUCGACUGGGCUGACGCAGAAUGGGAGGCGCUGUCUGAGAAAGAGAAAAAGGAAGCCGAGGCCCUCCACGACCCUGACGAACCGUUGAUAUUUCUCCCUUUCCCCUUCACAACCAAAGAAGUUAAGCAACCACCAUAUCGAGGUUCAGAUCCAGAGUGGCAAACUUUCGUCAAAGUCAGCCAGGACAAGAAGCUUCUUCAGGAGAUCAAGAGUGAGCGAGGCCCUUCCGGGGAAGAUUCACAUUCUAACGCAUGCAUAGAUGGUCUGGCAAACGAGAUCAAGCGUGGCGUUGAACGGAACCCUGCCUUCAAUAAGCUUCUUGGUGGAGAAAUAGCUGUGAGGAAGUACUGGCUUGACAUAAUCUUCCCGCCUGCUCCUCCACCGAUACACUAUGUCUCUGGAAUCAUGAUCGAUGAGGAGGGCAUUUUCUGGGGUGAUCGACCCAUCGACUCCGUUGCUGCUAGCUUUCUUGCCAAAGCACUUUACCCCAAAGCUCUUGCUAUGGGUUGCUGGACCUUUGUCAGUUUCCUAACGAAACAAAUAGCGCUGGAUAUCUCAAAAGCGAUCGGUUUAAGUGAACCUGAUCCCCCAGAAUCUGGCUGGCACCAAGUGCCAGUGGGAAACCUCCCUGGCAUAAUUCCUCCUCCGGCUGCCACCAGAGCAGCAGUCCAGCACGACCCCAAGGCACAUACCGCACAUCUUCCCCCAGUCUUCAACGAGAUCAUCAGCGCUGCAUUCGGUCCAGACGCGAAACUCGAUCCUCGUCUUCAAGCUGCUAGCAUGGCUGGUGCUCUCGCCUUUCUGCGACAUUGGAAGCCUACCAAGAGUCUGCCCAGCAGGGGAUGUAUCAGAGUUGACGGUAUAGUCGAACUCAAGGGAAAGACAGCGGUCAUGGCAGUUCUCGUUGCGGGCUACUACGAUCCCAAGACACGUCAGUACGUAGCUGUCCAGACUAUGCUCAAGCACUUGAUGCAACUGAGACAACGGCCUGCGCCUGGCUAGACUUGUAUUAUAAGACAAAAUAAAUUUUGAUAGUUACGCAGGACUUAGCAUGACGGGGCGCAUGGAGCAGGUUUGGCUUGAGAUACCAAAGGAGAUUUAGAAUAUCAG